UCCGAAAGCUGACUUUUGCCCCUCCAGCAGUUCGACACACCAUUGAUAUUCAACAACUCCACACCCACUUGUGUGCCCAACAACUGGAGCUAGCGGCUUUGAACUUCAAUCCGCGCUCAAUCCUCUCUCGAUUCAAUAUCCCACGCAGAGUACCGACAUCUAAAGAACGCAAAAAUGAAGUCCCAGGUCAUCGACAAUGUUCCGAAGAAGAUUGGGGAGGUCCAGUUCGGUGUCAUGUCCUCGCAGGAUGUGGUUAAGCAGGGAGUUGUUGAGGUCGCGACGCGAGAGCUAUACGAUUUGGACGGAGGGCGGACAUUGAAGAAGAACGGUGCUCUUGAUGCGCGCAUGGGGAUCUCGUCGAAAUCUGGUACCUGCGAAACCUGCGGCGAAGGCCUUGCCAACUGUAAUGGUCAUUUUGGUCAUGUCAAGCUUGCGCUACCAGCAUUCCACAUCGGUUACUUCAAGGCGAUCAUCACCAUGCUUCAGAACAUUUGCAAGGACUGCGCGCGGGUAUUAUUGGACGACAACCAACGGCGACAGUUUUUGAAGAUGCUGCGGACGCCCGGUAUCGACAACUUGAGACGUAUGGGGAUCUGUAAAAAGAUCAAUGUCCAGUGCAAGAAGGCGCGAACAUGCCCGCAUUGCCAUGCUAUCAACGGUGUUGUCAAGAGGAGUGGACCACUGAAAAUUACGCACGACAAAUUCAGGGCGUUCAAUUCGUCGACAGCGGCCAAGAAGAUACCCCCGGAGUCGAAAAUCUUGUUUGACAGGUCAUUCGCCGAGGCAAAGAAGGCUAAUAAUGAUCUAGACAAGCACGUAAAAAGGGCUAUGGACGACUUGAACCCCCUGAAAGUGCUCAACCUCUUCAAGCAAGUUCUUCCGCCAGACUGCGAGCUCUUGGGAAUGAAUCCGGAAAAGGGACGGCCAGAGAUGUUUAUCUGGCAAUAUGUGCCGGCGCCGCCAGUCUGCAUUCGGCCCUCCGUCCAGCAGGAUUCGGCGAGUAAUGAGGACGACUUGACUGUGAAGCUGACAGAGAUCAUCUUUGUGAGUUCACUAAUACGCGCUGGAUUGCAAAAAGGAAAACCAAUUCAGCAGCUUGUGGAGCAGUGGGACUACAUGCAAGCUCAAAUCGCAAUGUACAUCGACAGUAGUCAGCCGAUGAUCACAAGGAACUACACGGAUAUCAAACCUAUCCGCGGGUUUUGCCAACGGCUAAAGGGAAAGCAAGGUCGCUUCCGUGGCAAUCUUUCGGGAAAGCGUGUCGACUUUUCAGGGCGAACCGUCAUUUCGCCGGAUCCGAACUUGAGUAUCGAGCAGGUCGCCGUUCCGAUCCACGUAGCGAAGAACUUGACAUAUCCAGAAAAGGUCUCGCGGUAUAAUAUCGAGAAGCUUCGCCGGUUAGUUGAAGUUGGUCCCGAUGAAUGGCCUGGCGCGAACUACAUCAUCAAGAAGAACUCGGAUUACAAGAUGUUCCUGAAAUUCGGUGAUAGGAAACGUCAGGCGGAAAACCUCCAGAUAGGGGAUAUUGUGGAGAGGCAUCUGGAGGACAAUGAUGUAGUACUAUUCAAUCGGCAACCGUCGUUGCACAAACUCAGUAUCCUCAGUCAUUAUGCUAAAAUUCGACCAUGGAGGACAUUCCGUCUCAACGAGUGUGUGUGCAAUCCAUACAACGCCGAUUUCGAUGGCGACGAGAUGAAUCUCCACGUUCCGCAGACCGAAGAAGCAAGGACGGAGGCUAUCCAGCUGAUGGGUGUGAAGAACAAUCUCUGUACUCCACGUAACGGAGAGCCCAUCAUUGCCGCUAUUCAGGAUUUCAUCACGGCGGCGUAUCUCUUGAGCAGCAAAGAAAUCUUCUACGACCGGAAGACAUUCGGGCAUAUUUGCAUGUACAUGGUGGAUGGCAACGAACAGAUCGACCUGCCGCCUCCGUCGAUUUUGAAGCCACAAGCUCUUUGGACCGGCAAACAGAUCUUCAAUCUCAUGAUGAAGCCGAACAAGAAGUGUCCAACGCUCGUUAAUCUGGACGCGAAGUGCCGAGACUACAAACCUGUGGCUGGACAAGCGCCGGAUUUGUGCGAAAACGAUGGAUUCUUGGUCAUUCGGGGCAGCGAGAUCAUGUGUGGACUUAUGGACAAGUCGACUGUCGGAUCCGGUAAGAAAGACUCAGUCUUCUAUGUCAUUCUGAGGGAUUACGGGCCAGACGAGGCUGUGCGUUCGAUGAACCGACUGGCGAAGCUUUGUGCUCGUUGGUUAGCGAACAAGGGCUUCUCGAUCGGAAUCAACGAUGUCCUUCCUGGUGCCAAUCUAAGGAGGGAGAAGGAUCUUAUGGUCGAGGACGCCUAUGCGCAGUGUGAUAACUUGAUUCUGCAGUUCAAAGAGGGAAAGCUGGAGAAGGCCGCAGGAUGUGACGAAGAGACCACCCUGGAAAAUAAGGUCCAAGGUAUCCUGAGUAACGUCCGUGACAAGGUGGGAGAUAUUUGUAUGAGAGAGUUGAGCAAGUACAACUCACCUCUGAUCAUGGCAUGCUCUGGAUCCAAAGGUUCCAAGAUCAACGUUUCCCAAAUGGUUGCUUGUGUCGGACAGCAAGUCAUUGCUGGAAAACGUGUUCCUGAUGGAUUUGACGAUCGUUCGUUGCCACAUUUCGCCAAAAACUCGAAGCAGCCUCCAUCCAAGGGUUUCGUGCGAAACAGUUUCUUUUCCGGGCUUACACCUACUGAGUUUUUGUUCCACGCUAUUUCUGGUCGUGAAGGUUUGGUUGAUACUGCUGUCAAGACCGCCGAAACCGGUUACAUGUCGCGUCGUCUGAUGAAAUCUCUGGAGGAUCUCUCUGCAAACUACGACGAAACCGUACGAACAUCUUCUUCCGGUAUCGUGCAGUUCAGGUAUGGUGGAGACAGUUUGGAUCCUGUGGACAUGGAGGGUGACGCUCAGCCCGUGAACUUCAACCGCACGUUCUACCACUCUGAGAAUAUCACCUUUAAAGAAGAGGCUGAUGGACUCCUGCCGUACGAACUCAUUGAGCUGUGUGAUAGCGUCCUUCAUCCGCUGGAGGCAAAAGAGAUCCGGAAGGACUUAUUGGGGAACAUCAUCUCGGAUGCCGAGCUGGAAAAGCUGACUGGCCGCGCUUUUGCCAUGGCCCUCGACGAGAACGAGAGUUUGCGUGCGUUCUACCAGUCCAUCAGGAAUUACGUCCGAGCAAAGGCGGAUGCGCUUGCAAACCUGCGAGAAAAGUUCGGCCUGCCUCGUGGAGACGAGAUGCCCGAAUCAGAAGAACACAGAGGCCCUGGCCUUGAUGAGUACUUCCCCAAGGAUAAAGUUCGGGCCGUCAAGCAAGUUGCGAAGAUCUCGAAGGAUUGCCUAAACGAGUUCCUCAAGCAGUGUCUCACCAAGUACAAGCGUGCUAAGAUCGAGCCCGGAUCCGCCGUUGGUGCCGUCGGUGCGCAGUCUAUUGGUGAGCCUGGAACUCAGAUGACUCUGAAGACUUUUCAUUUUGCUGGUGUCGCGUCCAUGAACGUCACUCUCGGUGUGCCUCGUAUCAAGGAGAUCAUCAAUGCUUCCAAGAUCAUUUCUACUCCGAUUAUCACCUGCAAAUUGGUCACCAAGGACGACGAGCGGGCCGCUCGUGUUGUCAAGGGAAGAAUGGAAAAGACCUACCUGUCAGAUAUUAUUCAUUAUAUCGAGGACGUCUGCGCUCCGGAAGACAGUUACGUCUCCGUCCGUAUCGACUGGCGCACCAUCGAGGCGCUGCAGCUCGAAAUUGGGGUGGAUCACAUCAUCAGUGCUAUCGUCAAAGCCAAGCUCAAGAUUCUACGACAAGAUGUGCGAGUGGUUGGUAAUAAAAUUCGCAUCUACGUUCGGGAACUUGCUCCGAAGGAACGUAAUCCCAAGGAUGACGGAGAUGUCUACCUCCGUGUGCAGGCCCUCAAGCGGGCUCUCCCUACCAUCGUCGUUAACGGCUACCCCAACGCUGUCCGUGCGGUCGUCAAGAAAAACGAGAAGACUGGGGAGAACGAGCUAUUGGUUGAGGGAUACGGGUUGAGACAGUGUAUGAAUACCGACGGUGUUAUCGGUACAGAGACCAAGAGUAACCACAUCAUGGAGAUGAAGGAGGUUCUUGGAAUCGAGGCUGCCAGACAAUCCAUCAUCGGCGAAGUUUCUUACACUAUGCGCGAGCACGGAAUGGACAUUGAUCCCAGACACAUGCAGCUCUUGGGCGACGUGAUGACAUUCAAGGGAGAAGUUCUCGGAAUCACCCGAUUCGGUCUUUCCAAGAUGCGAGACUCAGUUCUGCAACUCGCAUCUUUCGAGAAGACGACGGACCAUCUCUUCGAUGCCGCGUUCCACAUGAAGAAGGACGAAGUGCAGGGUGUGAGUGAGUGUAUCAUCCUGGGACAAAGCAUGACGAUUGGUACUGGUGCUUUUGGUGUGGUCAGAAACUUGAUGAUUCGGGAUAAAGACCUGAAGCCGAAGAAGUUGCUAUUUGAGGAGUGUUGGAAGGGGAAGUACUUGAAAAAUCAGGUGGCGGUCAUGUAGAUGGUGGAAUUUUCGUACUAAAUAGCAAAUAGAAAGGCCUGUGAGCUGUAGUGGGAUACCUGAUCGAGG